GUAAGUAACUAAUCUAUGCAUCUUCUCGAGUCUCUGUCUCACACUCUCAUUGCCGUCACAAACACAAUCGCCCACUCUCUCGAACAACCCUCGUAAACUCUCCAUUAAGAACAGUCUAGAGAAGCUACUCGUGUGGGCAGCGCCACUACUCCUCGACGGACCACAGCCAAGCCACCGCCCACCACCGAGCCACCGCCGGCGUCGCCUGCUCGCACCACCGCCACCGUAACCCUCUCGAUUCGCCACUGUCUCUUGGUUUACUUCAGCAGGUUUUAGUUGAGCAAAUUUACAUUUCUCUUCCAUGGGGAUCGAGAAUAUUUUCAAAGAUGAAGCCGGUGAAGAGAAAGGGGAGCGAGCCAGAAUGGCAUCGUUUGUUGGUGCAAUGGCAAUUGCAGACUUGGUAAAGACAACCUUAGGACCAAAGGGAAUGGAUAAAAUUUUGCAAUCAACAGGGAGAGGACGUGAAGUUACUGUUACCAAUGAUGGUGCCACCAUUCUAAAAUCCCUUCACAUUGACAAUCCUGCUGCAAAAGUCCUAGUCGACAUUUCAAAAGUACAAGAUGAUGAAGUUGGUGACGGAACAACUUCUGUGGUCAUUUUGGCUGGCGAACUUUUAAGGGAAGCAGAAAAGCUUGUUCAUGUGAAGAUUCACCCGAUGACUAUCAUAUCAGGUUUUCGGAUGGCCGCUGAAUGUGCUCGUGAUGCUUUGCUGGAGAAAGUGGUGGAUAAUAAGACUGAUUCUGAGAAAUUCAAAUCGGACUUGAUGAAGAUUGCUAUGACUACUUUGAGUUCCAAAAUUCUCUCACAGGACAAAGAACAUUUUGCUAAACUUGCUGUGGAUGCUGUACUGCGGCUUAAGGGAAGCACCAACUUGGAAGCUAUUCAAAUCAUAAAGAAACCUGGAGGAUCCUUAAAGGAUUCCUUUCUAGACGAUGGGUUCAUUCUUGACAAGAAAAUAGGUAUUGGACAACCCAAACGCAUAGAAAAUGCAAAAAUUUUGGUGGCAAAUACUGCAAUGGACACAGACAAAGUGAAGAUUUAUGGCGCUCGUGUGCGUGUUGAUUCAAUGUCUAGGGUUGCUGAAAUUGAAGGGGCUGAGAAAGAGAAGAUGAGAGAAAAGGUUCAGAAGAUAAUAGCUCACGGCAUAAACUGCUUUGUUAAUAGACAGUUGAUUUACAAUUUCCCAGAGGAGCUCUUUGCGGAUGCUGGAAUACUUGCGAUUGAGCAUGCUGAUUUUGAUGGCAUUGAGCGUCUGGCUUUAGUAACUGGGGGUGAAAUUGCGUCGACCUUUGACAAUCCAGAAUCAGUUAAGCUUGGGCACUGCAAGCUCAUCGAGGAAAUCAUGAUUGGUGAGGACAAGUUGAUCCAUUUCUCUGGUGUUGAAAUGGGUCAGGCGUGCACAAUAGUGUUGAGGGGUGCUAGCCAUCAUGUGCUCGAUGAGGCUGAUAGGUCUCUGCAUGAUGCCUUGUGCGUGCUGUCUCAGACAGUCAAUGACAGCAGGGUUUUGCUAGGAGGUGGAUGGCCUGAGAUGAUUAUGGCGAAGGAAGUGGAUGAACUGGCCAAGAAGACACCUGGAAAGAAGUCUCACGCAAUUGAAGCUUUCUCGCGGGCACUCUUGUCUAUUCCUACCAUCAUUGCGGACAAUGCUGGUUUAGACAGUGCUGAGUUGAUUGCUCAACUCCGUGCUGAACACCAAAAAGAAGGAUCCACUGCUGGAAUUGAUGUCAUCACUGGUUCGGUUGGAGAUAUGGCGGAACUCGGAAUUUCUGAAGCGUUCAAAGUAAAGCAGGCUGUAUUGCUUUCUGCAACGGAGGCUGCUGAGAUGAUUCUUAGAGUUGAUGAAAUCAUCACGUGUGCACCACGGAGAAGAGAAGAUAGAAUGUAGAGAUGGUGAUCCAUUUCCGCUGGGAAAGAACCUUUGUUUUAUUAUCUUUCUCUUGGCAUGUGCUUCAUGAAUUAUUGCUAUAAAGUCGCUGUAGUUGGAUGGGACAAAGAUUGCUGAGAACUUGGUCGCUGGCAAAAUUUUUGUUCGCUUGUUUUAGUUUUUUUUUUUCCCCUGAAUUGUUUUGUUUUGAUUUGAGAAGGUAAGAAGUUAAUGCAGUUUCUUUCUUUCUGUUUUUUUAUUUAUUUUUUUGGGUGAUUGUUGAAUCUUGUUAGAGAUACUUCCAGUUUGGUUGUGGCAUGUAUACAUGUUAAUUUGUAGGGCUUCAAAUGGUUUAA